AUUUUUUCAAAUUCCUUUCUCUGUGAUUUUUCACGAAUAAAGGGAGGAAAAGAAUAUAAUACAUACCAAAAUGAAUGACGGAACAGAUCAAUCGACGCGAUCUUUCUCAACCCGUGGCCAAAGAGCCAAAAUAAUAAGACGACCACCAAGAUUUGGCAGUAAUAUGAGAUAUAAUGGCGGUAGAAACAGCAAUGCCAAGAUGAAAACAAAUGAACGCAAAGAAGAUAAAAAGAAUACGUUUGGUAGCUUUCCUUACGGUAACUACCCAGCUUAUUACACUCAACGACGUAAACAAGGCAAUGCUGUUAUUGAUCCGCGCAUUGAUCUCGUUGAUGCUAGCGUAUUUAAGCAUAAACGCAUAUUGGAUAUAGGUUGCAACUCUGGAAACUUGACGAUAGCCAUAGCGAAAAUGUACGAUAUUAUCUCCAUACACGGUGUAGAUAUUGAUGAGGGGUUGAUAAGUAAAGCAAACAAAAAUGCCCGUGUGGCAUAUUCGCUUCAAAAUCCUCAUGAAACAAACGAUAUAAAUACCACAACAAUGCCCUUCGAUCUAAGUUUACGCUUUCACUACUUUCCACAAUCUAUGACCAAUAUGUUCGGCAUGCUACCUAUGACGUUGCCUCCAAAUUGCCCAAAGCCGAAAGGUUUUCCUUACAAUGUAACAUUCGAGACAAUGGACUGGACAACAGCAGAUGUAGAGAAAGAAACGUACGAUACUGUCUUAGCGCUAAGUAUUACAAAAUGGAUUCAUUUGCAUCGUGGCGAUGAGGGUUUGAAAGCUUUCUUCCAAAAAAUACACGAUACUUUGAAGCCAGGAGGUACAUUGGUUUUAGAGCCACAGGAAUUUGAGACCUAUCAGAAGAAGGCAAAACUUAUUGAUCCAUCAACCAAAGUGGAGGAUGAAUUACAUUUUCGACCUGAAGAAUAUACAGAUUAUCUGAUAAAUACAGUGGGAUUCAGAGAGCAUCACGACUUGGGGGUUCCCCAAAGUGAAUCUAAAGGGUUUUCUCGGCCAGUCAUUUUGUACAUUAAAUGA